AAGUUCUGCACUAUCUUCUUCUCAUGAAAAAAAAGGUUCUGCUCUAUCUAUAACCUUCAAUGGCUCAAGUUGGCUCUAUAUCUGCACAAACUGAGAUACUGAGCCAUGUUCUAAGUCUAGUGGAAGCAUUUAGAGCUUUUGACUCAGACAAUGAUGGAUCAAUAACAGUUGCUGAACUCGGUGGCAUCAUGGGAUCACUUGGGUACAAUCCAAGUGAACAAGAGGUAAGGGAAAUGAUGCAGAAAGGAGACACUGACAAUAAUGGUUUGCUGAGCAUGGAGGAGUUCUUGGAGAUGAACACCAAGGAUUUGCAAAUUGGGUCCUUGGGGAAUCUCCUUAAAGCGGCCUUUGAAACUUUGAAGGGUGAUGAGGAUGAGGUUUUGACAGUAGAUGAGCUGUUUCAGGUCAUGGGGAGUCUGGGCUUUCACUUAACUCGGGAGGAUUGUCAGAGUAUUGUUGCUUCCAUGGAUGGAGAUGGAGAUGGAGCUGUUAGCUUUGAGGAUUUCCAGCUUAUAGUUACUUCCCUCCUCUAAAUACCAAGUCUUUUAUGCUUAAUAUGCAGCAAGUAAUAACUUUAUAGGCUUAAUGGGGUUUUAUUGGGUCAGACUCAGAUCAGAUUACGUUAUUAAUUUGCUCUGACCCAAAUGAUCACACAUCAAUCAACUUAAGUAUGCUUAUUAUAUAGACAUGAACAUGCCUAAGUAUGGAUCAAAUACCAGCCUGGAGCUCCCUUUAAAAUAAAUUAUGCAAAAAGUUCUUGUUGUAUUAGUAUCAUCA